AUGUCAUCACAAGAGGAACAGCUUUCGCCGGAAGAACGACAAAAGCGAUUGCAGGCAGAGCAUUAUGCCAAGCAGGUGGCGGUUCGGGACGCGCAACUAGCCAAGUUACAACAACAAGCCGAACAGGCCGCACAACGCAGUUAUGGCAUUCCCAGUACCACCGGCUUGUUAGCUUACCCUCCUCUUCCCAACCAGGUGAAUCCCCAGCAACAGGGAGGGAUGUCACCACAAGGAAAUAAGAGCAAUGCGCUUUCGGCGGAAGAACAACAAAAAAGGCGGCUGCUACUGCAUGCAAUACGUCCUGAGUCCAUGUCGCCAGAGCAACUGCAACAAGCCAAGAUGCGGCAACUGGCAGCACAACGCGGACGGCAGAUAGCGGGGAUGGGAUACCAGCAGAUGGGCGACGGAAUUCUCAACAAGUGUCCCAGCGACGUAGAGAUUCGCGCGGGACUAGAGGCUGAUGUACCAGAUUUUGUCAACUUUCGAUCUGCCUGCCGGGAGGGUGACUUAUCUACUGUCGAGUCAAUAGUUUCCUCUCAAUCUCGCUCACCACUCUAUCUUCAGAAAGGAUUAGAUGACGCUAUCAAAAAUGGCAAAGUUGACGUUUCACGUUUUCUUCUACAGUCUGGAGCACCCAUGACACGAGUAACACCAGCAGCCAUCCUCAGAGCCCCAGCAGACAAACAGGUUGCCUUAUUCCACGUUCUUAUGGAGCACGGCUGGACAGUCAAUACUCCCGAGAGCCUCCUCCCGGAAAUCUUUAAAAGUAACAAUGAGCCACUGUUCGAUUGGUUUCUGGAACAAGGCGCAGAUCCCAACGUUGCUGGGCCCCAAAAUGAUCAAGGACAAACUCUCAGGCUGGCAGCCACUCAGGGCACUGUCCAAGCAGUACAGAAGCUUCUAAAUGCUGGAGCUCAGAUGACCAGUUCGGGGCUGUAUUGGGCUGCAGGCGCCUAUCCUCAAGGCUCAGUUCCCAUGGUCAGACGUGUUGAACCGAGCGCGGACUUUGACAAGUCAAGAAUACCUGUCAUGGAGCUGUUACUGGAGAAUGGGGGUGACGUCAACCAUAGACUGGAAACGCGCCAUAUGGAAGAGCUGUACCCGAUUGUAAAUGCGGUUAAGGCGGGUGCUGUUGAGAGAGUCAAGUGGCUACUGAGCAAGGGGGCAGAUCCUGACCUGAAGGGGCCGCGGGGCAGUGCCAGGGACUAUGCCAGACGUGAUUCGAGCGAUGAAAUGAAACAGGUGUUGGGAGUCUAG